AUGAAUAAUUUUAUCAAUUGCAAUUAAGAUAAUUAAGUAUUUAAUGGAUCAAAGAAGUAAAAUAAAUAGUAUAAUUAAUAUAUUAGAGAGUUUAUAGAAGAAUUAUAGGUUAAGGAUUAUGAUUUUUACAAUCGAACAUAAGAUUAUAAAUGCUCAUUUUGGGACUCUAAUUAAGAAAAAUUAGUGAAGGCUACAUUACAAAUUAUAGUUACUCAAUAAAAGAAUAUCAAAUAUUUGAUGGACGGAUAAAUUAUUAGAAUGUAAUAUCAACAAAUAAAAAUAGAGAUAAAGUUAUAAAUAGACUUGAAGUGUUGAAUAAUUUAGAAUAGAUCAGAUAUCUUUAAUGGUUGGGAUAAUACAAUUAAAAUUAAAAUAAAGUUGCUAAAUGGAGUGCAGUUUGGAAAGGAGAUUAAUUAUUAGAAGUUGGCGGAUAUUACUCUGAGGAUGGUUUAAAGUAAGGAUUUUGGAAAGAAUUAAGUAGAAAUUACUCUAAGUAAGCCCUAAUAAUGAUAAUUAUAAAUAGUGAAAAUUAAGUAUAUGAAUGUGGAGAAUAUAUCAAUGAUUAAAGAAAUAAGCAAUGGAAGUAUAUCUACGAUAAUAAAAUAAUGUAUGUAUUUUUAUGAUUAAAAUUAGAGGUGGAGGAGUAUACAAUAAAUAAGGUUAGAAGAUAGGUAAAUGGGUUGAAUUGGAUGAUGAAUUUUAAAUGUAUAGUAGUUAGUUAUGAAUAUUUAUAGCCAAAGUCAAGUAACUUAUAGUGGUGAAUAUAUGAAUGGGUAAAAAGUUGGUGUAUGGGAUAUCCUUUAUAAAAGGAUGGAUUAACUGGAAAGGAUGUAAUUGUUUAUUUUGAUAAAACAUUAAAAUAGAGGUGGAGGGUCAUAUGCGUAUAAAAAGGAGGGAUUUGACUUAAAUUCUAAGAAAGUUGGAAUAUGGAUAGAAUUGACGGAUGGAUUUUCGGGGUAUUAAUGUUAAGCAAUUUUUAAAUUAUUAGUAAAAGUUAAGUGAUCUAAUAUGGUGAAUAUAAAAAUGGUAGAAAAAUUGGCAAAUGGGUUAUUUUUUGGAGGAAAAAUUAAUUUCAACCAUUUCAACAAAUGUAACACUAAGAAUAUUUAUAUUUCUUGAAUUACAAAUAGUGGUGACGGUUCUUAUGAUGACAAGCCAGAAGAUUAAGAUAUUCGAGGUUCGAUUAAAAUUGGAAAAUGGAUAGAAUUUACAAAUUGUCUAGAGUAUUUUUGUUAUGAUUAUGUAAUUAGUGAUUGUUUAGUUUUGUAUGGGGGUUAAUAUAGAAGUGGUAAAAAAGUUGGUAGAUGGGAUGCCUUUUUUUUAGAUGAAUAAAUGUAUAAUAAAAAUUUAAACUUUUAUUAUUUAAAAAAUGUCAAAUAAAAAUAGAGGCGGAGGAUCUUAUGAGGACAAACCAGGAAAUGAAAUUAAGUUUGGGAAUUGGAUAGAAUUGAGUGAAGGUUUUUAAAUGUAUUUUUUUUUGGUUGAUUUUAUCAUUAGAGAUAGGGAAGUCACUUAUAAUGGUGAAUAUUAAAAUGGGAUUAAAGUUGGUAAAUGGGAUACUUUCUAUUAAGACGAAUAGAUGUAAAAUAAAUUAUUUAAACUAUUUAUUUAACUCAAAAUUUCGAAAUAAAAACAGUGGGGGUGGAUCUUAUGAUAAGGAAUAAGGAUAGGAUAAUGUUAUAAAUUCAAUUAAAAUCGGGAAAUGGAUUGAGUUGAGUGAUUACUUUGGGGGGUAAUUUUAUUUCUUGAUAAAUAUAUGAUUAGUGGAGGAUAAAUAAUAUCUAAAGGUGAAUACCAGGAUGGUCAAAAAUUUGGCAGAUGGGAUAUUUUGUAUAGAAGGUGGAGAAAGGACCAGUUUGAAGAAAUGUAAGUGUAGAUUAUUAUUAAUUUUUGCAAUUUUGCAUGAUUUACAUAAAGUGGAGGGGGAUCAUAUGGUUACAAGCAAGGACAUAUUGCAUUAGGUUCAAUUAAAAUAGGAAAAUGGAUUGAGUUGAGUCCUGACUUUAAUAGGUAUUUUUAUUUGGCAAAAUAAUAUAUAGUAUCAGUUAAAUCACUUUUAAUGGUGAAUAUGAAAAUGGUUAAAAAGUUGGUAAUUGGAUUACAUUGUGGAGAAAAAAUAAAUUUAACAGAUUUAAAUAGAUGUAUUAUUAGAAUUGUGAAUUAUUUUAUUAAAAAAAAAAUACGUAGAGGUGGAGGAUAAUAUGAUGAUAAUAGAAUUGAUGGUUUGUUGAAUUAAAAUAAGAUAGGAAGGUGGAUUGAAUUAAAUGAUGGAUAUCGAGAGUAUAUAAUUAUUUUAAUGAUUAGAGGUAGAAGAAUCAAGUAUGAAGGCGAUUAUAAAAAUGGUAGAAAAAUUGGAAAAUGGAAUACUUUUUUUGAAAAAGUUCUAAUGUAAAAAUAGAUAAUAAUUGAUUUAUAAUUUAAAAAACGAAAAUAGUGGUGGAGGAUAAUAUUCUGACAAUUCACUUGAUUUUUAAGGUUCGAUUAAAAUUGGGAAAUGGAUUGAAUUGAAAAAUAAGUUUGGGAAUGGAUAUGGAGACCAGUAAGUGAUUUUCGUUGGUGAAUAUAAAAAUGGGAAAAAAGUUGGUACUUGGAAUGAGAUGAUUCGAGAUUAGAAUAAAUAGUCAGGAGAAUUUAAAACAAUGUAAGAAUUUUUUUAAACCAUACCUUAAGUAAGGAAGUUUAAUAUGAUUAUUGAGAAAC